CCAAACAAAGAUGUUGAAGUCAACAGUGAUUUUGGGUGCGAUUAUUUUAGUUGUACAAGCACAACUUGAUAUGGAUAGCGACAAAAUGAAUUUCGAAGACAAUAUCGCACAAGAAUCUCAAAGCGAUGAACAACGUAUAUUCGCAAAUGCAAUCACCGCAAAGCCACUCUUAAACGACGGUAAAC